AUGUCGCAGACUCAGGGACAAGACCAGUUCAUAGCUAAUGACGUGACGUCAAACUCGUCAAAUACCACCCGGCCAAUGCUUGUGAAAGAAUACAAAAAGAUUGGUCACGGAGCGUUCGGAACCGUAGUGCAGGCGUUUUUGACACCAGACAACAACAAAUGGUACGGUCCAUUUGCCAUCAAAAAAGUGCCAGCACAAACUGAAUACAAGUCUAGAGAAUUGGAGAUUUUGAGAAUCGCAGAGCAUCCUAACGUCGUCAAACUUGAAUACUUUUUUACGCACGUAUCACCUCAGGACAACAAAGUGUACCAACAUCUUGCCAUGGAGUGUCUUCCAGAGACUUUGCAGCUCGAAAUUCACCGGUAUGCCUCGAACAAGCUGGAGCUGCCCUUGAAGCACACGAAACUCUACACGUAUCAAGUCGCUCGUGGUAUGCUAUAUUUGCAUGCCCUGGGCAUUUGCCAUCGUGAUGUCAAGCCCUCUAAUGUGUUGGUCAACCCAAAUACAGGAGUUCUCAAGAUCUGUGAUUUUGGGUCUGCCAAAAAGCUCGAGCAAAAUCAGCCCUCCAUCAGCUACAUCUGCUCUCGUUUCUAUAGAGCUCCAGAACUUAUAGUGGGAUGCACGCAAUAUACUACACAGAUAGACAUUUGGGGGCUCGGAUGUGUGAUGGGUGAAAUGCUGAUAGGGAAAGCAGUUUUCCAGGGCCAAGAGCCACUUCUACAAUUGCGGGAGAUUUCCAAACUGCUGGGUCCUCCAGACAAGAAGUUCUUGUUCUUCUCCAACCCGUCCUACGACGGCCCGCUUUUCUCCAAGCCCCUGUUCACAGGAAGUGUCCGGGAAAGAUUUGAAAAGCAUUUUGGUCAAGCUGGCGCCGACGGCAUAGAUCUGCUGAUGAAAAUUCUUACAUAUGAACCAGAACGCAGGCUGUCGCCGCGCCGUAUCCUGGCGCAUCCGUUCUUCGACGACCUGAAAAAGGAACGCUAUUUCUUUCCCAGAGGACAUACUCAACCCAAAUGCUUGCCUGAGCUGUUCGACUUUACACCUUUCGAGCUUCAGGUGAUAGGCGAGCUGUCGUCAGAAGUUUUGCCAAGAGAAUGA